AUGCUUCCAAAGCUCCUGGCACUCAUCGCCCUUCCAGCAUUGGCUGCGGCCAAUUGCAAAACCGCCCCCGGUGAUGCAGCUUGGCCGUCAACUGAGGAGUGGUCUGCCCUGAACCAAUCUAUUGGCGGGUCUCUUAUUAGAACUGCCCCUGCUGCCUCUUCCUGCUAUGCAGGAAACCCACUGGGCUCGUCGUACAACUGCUCCUCAGUGAAAGACCACUGGUCCUACGCAGCCUACCAUGCCAUAUGGCCUGAAAGCAAUGACUACUCCAUCUACAACAACAACUCCUGCGUACCCCCAGGUGUUUCUGGAUACACCAAAGACAAGGGAUGCAGUAUCGGCGGCAUGCCCCAAUACAUCGUCAAUGCCACUACCGAAGAGCAGGUCGCAACGGCCAUGUCAUGGGCAUCGCAGAGGGACAUUCGCAUCGUCGUGAAAUCAACAGGCCAUGAUCUUAACGGUCGAUCAACCGGUGCCUACUCCCUCUCAAUCUGGACCCACAACUUCAACCACAUCCACCACAACCCAACCUGGCAUGUGCCUGGCACCAACAAAACCGCAGACGUGCUAAUCUGCGGCGGCGGCAACAACUGGGGCACAGUCUAUACCACAGCCGUAACCCAACACAACCGAACAGUCGUAGGCGGCGAAGACGCCACAGUAGGCCUAGGCGGCCUGAUCCAGAACGGAGGCCACGGGCUCCUAUCCAGCCACUACGGCCUCGCCUCCGACAACGUCUACCAAGUCACAGUCAUCACCCCGGAGGGCCAUAUCCUCACCGCAAACGACGCCCAAAACCAAGACAUCUUCUGGGCCGUUCGUGGCGCCGGUGGUGGCCAAUUCGGCGUAGUGACCGAAUUCAUCCUCCAAACGCAUCCAAUUCCAGAGAACGUCGUAACCGGGGGCUUGACCUUCUACGCAUCCAACAACUCCAACACCUCAGAGCUAGCCUCAUGGACCGCCUUCGCCGAAACAGCAUCCGAGAUCCCUCACCUCAUGGACUCCGGCAUCACAGGCACCAUCAUGGCCGCGACCGGCAAAUCAGCAAGCACCUACGCUGGCGUCGACGAAGUCCUCGCCGGUCCAGCAGUCAUCAUCAACCUAAUCGCCUACAACUCAACCGCCCAAGCCAUGAACACCACUCUCCACAGCCUCUCCACCCAACUCGCCAACAACACAGCCCAAAUAACCACCAAACUCACACCCCCAACCACCCAGUCGUACUGGUCCUACAUUAAACCGAACUUCCUCGCCAGCCAGUCCGCCGGCGCAUCCAGCCUCUUCACAAGCCGCCUCCUGGGCAAAUCCGAGCUCUCAUCCCUCCCACAAGCGGAUCUCAUCUACUACCUACAGCAAAUCUUCGCCUCGCAAUCCGGCUCCGGCUCCCUCCUCAUCUUCGGCCUCCAGGGCGGCCGCGGCACUGCUAACGUGCCCGAACAGCGCCGCGGGAGCGUCCUUCCGUCAUGGCGCAGCGCAUACGCGCACGUCAUGGCAUAUGGCGGCUCCGUGAACGCAACAGGUGACCCUGCGGCGUCGUUGGCUGAGGCGGCGGAGUGGUAUGAGAGUGUGCUGGAGCCGGUGUGGAGGAAUUGGGCGCCGAAUAUGGGGGCGUAUAUGAAUGAGGGCAAUCCGUUUAGCAGUACCUGGAAGAGGGAUUUCUAUGGAGAUGGGUAUGAGAGGUUGGUGGAGGUUAAGAGGAGGUAUGAUCCGAGGGGAAGUCUUUGGGUGUAUUCUGGGGUGGGGAGUGAUGAGUGGGAGUUUGAUUUGAGGAGUGGGUUGCUUUGUAGGGUGUAG